AUGAGCCACUUUGAAUUCGAAAUCCCUUUGGAAAAGGACAAAUUAUUGGAGUCUCAGGUUGAUAAAUAUCACGUCGAGGAUGUUGUCCAGCCUAGGCUGCUAUUGUCGCAGCUCCAGGACGCUGCGAGAGCUUAUAAUUCGGAAGGCGUCGAGUAUAUCCUAGAACAUUUCGACACAUACUUUUCUAUCAUAGUUCAUGGUAGCAAGUUAGAAUGGAAUGUUAUAAACAAAGGUUUUGACCAUAUAGUGCGAGCAGCUAAAGGUCUUUGCAACCAUCUUGAGCUGAUUUUGCAAGAUAAUGAAAUUGAUCCAGAACUAAGAGUCAAAACCCUGAACAUUGUCAAAAUGACAAUGUACUUGUUCACACAGAUCAUGAAAGUUAAGGAUGUUAAGUUAGCUGCGGAUAAUUCAACAAAGUUAACUUUAGGUAAGAAAGGAAAGAAAACAACAGAUGAAGAAGAGUUUUGCGGUUGGACAGAGGCCGACAAGCAAGCUGCAUUGGUGACAUUACAUCUGGUGCUUCAGCAACCAAUAUCUAAGCUCUGGGACCCACCUCUUGCUGAGGAUAAUUUUGUUUCGAUGGUAGCAGACCCAUGCUACAAAGCUUUAGAAGAACAGAUAAUCAAAACAAAGUCUAUAAGAGAAACUGUCUUUCAAGUCUUAGGGGUCCUUAUUAAGAAGUAUAACCAUGGCAUGUCAUGUCUUAUUAAAUUAGUGCAGGUGCUACAAAUAUUUGAACAUGCUGUUUUACCAAUUUGUGGAGGAGUUGUACAACUAACUAAAGAUUUUGGCCUGGGUACAUUUGGACCACAAAUGGUCCGAGAAAUAGCUGAAGCUCUUGCUUCCACCGACGAAGAGAAUGCAGCUACGGGGACUGAACAGAGCGCAGCUAGAAACUGCGGGACCUUCCUGCUAGAACUCACUAAAGAGGUGCCCAAAGAGAUGACUAGCGCUAUUUCUACUAUACAGCCUUAUUUGGAGAGUGAUGAGUCAUACACUUUACGAAUCAGUGUACUAGGCAUGAUGUGUGAAGUGCUGACAGUGGAACUGCGCGGAGAGGGGUUGACGGAGGAGCAACGUACGCAGCGGGAUGAUUUCUUAGAUGACCUUUACGAGCACAUGCAUGACUUAUCAGCAUACGUUAGACAUAAGGUCCUGCAGUUCUGGUGCCGAUUGCAGCGCGAAAACUGCGUACCAGUAAAUCGGCAACGCACCGUUCUGGAAAGAGCUAUUGGCCGGCUGCGGGACAAGGCAGCGCUUGUCAGAAAAGCCGCUAUUCAGUUGCUUAAGAUCUUUCUCGAAUGCAAUCCAUUUUCCGCUCAACUCAAAUUAGAACUACUUGAAGAACAACUAGCAACAGAACAGAAAAUCCUUGACGGUCUCCAGAAGCAACUGAAUCCAGGGCCUGACCCAGAACUCGUUAAAAAAUGGGAGAAAAUUGAAGAACAUGUAAUCAAAAUGAUUAAAGAAAAAAUGAAUAUAUUGACUCAAGAUGAGCCAGAACUUUCACAAGCGUCCAUUGAUGACGUUUAUAAUUCGAUUCGAAAACAUUUAAAAGAAAAAAACUUUUAUAAAGCUUAUUUGAUUGUGAAACAUGCUGAACGACAAUAUCCACAUGCAAAACUGUUGAGAUGUGAUAUGGAGAAAAGUGAACAGGUGGAAUACUUCGUAGCUCUACUCCGCAACGUAUUCAUAGUACCUGAUCGCAGACAAUCCACAUCGCUAUCGCAAGAAUGCGCGAACGAGCUUGCAUUAUACAAACGAGUUGAAGAAAAAGAGAACAUAGUGGCAUUUUUACAAGAGUCAGUUCACUUUAGCCGCAUGAUAUCUGAAGCUGUGCCUUUGAUAAACGCGCUGCUAAUGUCGAAGCAAGCUGGCGACGUCAGUGAGGCGAUCGAUUUCUUUACAACCGCACACCAUUUUAAUAUCGAAUCUGCGAAAGAUGGAGUCGCUAAUAUGCUGUUGCUUGUGUGGUCACCGGAUCAAGACAAACGCGAAGCAGUGGAACGGGCGUACCGUGAGAUGUACCUCGAGUGCGACAAUAAGGCGGAACGUGCACGUGCCUUCGCCAUCGCCAAGAAGCUCGUUGACCUUAUGAAUCACAUCGACCGCGGAAGCGCACUUGCACUGGAACAUCUUGUCGACAAGUGGGUCGAUAAGGGAGACAUCAACCCUGCCCUCAUACAGUUAUUCUGGGAAAUGUUCUUGAAGAAAAUCGACGGUACCACUGACAUGGACAGCUACGCGGCUCUAUCCAUUUUGGUGAUGAUCGCCAAAGCCAAACCGUCUGUCGCUCUAGCCAAUCUUGAGGUCAUCCAAAUACACGGCCUCACUGGGGAUUACAAUUCAAGAAACCUGAGUGUUCAGUUACUUAUUUCUCUGGCAAAAAAGAAUCAAAGAUACCCCGCCGAUCACGCUAUAUUCACCUCUGUGUACGACAGCGUUAUGGAAGCAUUUUCGAAACUCGACAACUUUACUUCCUUUGCUGCGAAUUCUAUAGAUUUCAUCUAUGCAGUUUGUGAUACUCCUGAAAUUAUUUGCGCGAAAAUCUUAGCUGAGAUGUAUAAAAAGAUAGAAGAAGCUAUGGUCAGGAACAAUGAAAUGAAUGAGGGGGAGGAAAAGGAUGAAACACUUAUACCGACUGAACUACUCGCACGAUUUGUAUUUGUAUUGGGACAUGUGGCAUUUCAACAACUGAUAUAUUUGGAUAUUAGCGUCUACAGUGAAUUGAGACGAAGGAACCAGGUUCGCGAAGAACGCAAGGCAGAAGAGAAACGUAAGAAGAAAGCAGGUGCAUUCGCGACGCCGAUUCGAAAAGGGCGCGCCGACGACCUGCGUCGCCAGACUUUGAUGAACGCAAGUAAUGCGAGCGCUUCUUCAAGGGGCCAACGAUCGGCUAGCGUUGCGUCCAAUAAGGGACCUUCGGCAAACACAACAAUGACAGAAGAAGAAACUGGCUUGGAAGGCGCAGUGGCAGACGACGCGGACGCCGAAUACGUUCGCAGUGUGUGCGAGAAAGAUAUCGUCGGAUCGCAGACUGCGUUGGCGCGGUAUAUUCCGCUACUGCGGUGGUUGCUCUCUAACCCAGCCAAAUGUACGCCAACAUUGCAGGCGGCUGCUGCCCUUACCUUCACCAGAUUCAUGCUAGUGUCAAGCUCAGUGUGCGAGGAUGGUCUUCAACUAAUGGUGACAGUAUUGAAGCGCUCUAAAAAUGUGACUUUGCGAACCAAUUUGACCAUAGCCUUUGCCGAUCUUACGCUUCGUUUCCCCAACCUUACACAGCCGUGGACGCAUCAUAUUUAUAACAUUCUCACCGACGAAGAAUUAGAAGUCCGACAAUGCGCAGUAAAAAUGUUAUCAUUCCUAGUCCUACACGAAAUGGUCCGUGUGAAGGGCCAGAUCGCAGACAUGGCAUUAUGCUGCGCUGACAAGGAUCCUCGUGUGGCCGCCAUGACGAGAUUGUUCUUCAAACAACUGUCGCAGAAAGGCAACGCACUGUACAAUGUUAUGCCUGAUAUCAUAUCCAGGCUGAGUGAUCCGGAGUUGAACGUGCCUGAGGAUCAGUACAGGGUUAUAAUGAAAUACAUAACAUCCCUAAUCCAAAAGGAUCGUCAAAUGGAAGCAUUAGUUGAAAAACUAUGCCAACGAUUCAAACUAUCAACUGACGAAAGACAAUGGCGCGAUCUUGCCUAUUGCCUCUCGCUGUUUACCUACAACGAGCGGUCACUACGCAAGCUUAUUGAGAACAUGGACUGCUAUAAAGAUAAGCUACAUUGUGCUGGAGUCAUGGAAAGCUUAACUACCUUGAUGAAUAAUACUUCGAAAAUGGCCAAAAAUGAGAUAAAGAGUCUAGUAAUAGAACUAGGCGAUAAAAUAGAAGAAUGUUUCGCCGUACGAGAUAAUGAGGAUGGCGAAGGUGAGGACAACGCGGAUAGAGACGCUCGCAAAGACGCGCCUCUGGAACCCGCACCACGUGCUACUCCACGACGAAAACCUGCAGCACGCAGAAACCGACGUCGCUCGUCUUCUAGCCCUGAUGAGAAUGACCCCCCGAAUAAUGUAGAAGUCACGCCACAAUCGACGAGAAAAUCUGCUAGAAAAGUAACAGCCCGUUACAAUAAAGUCACAAGUAAUGAUUCUGAAGACUCAGAUGACGACUUCGAAACAAAACGUAAUAUCGAGGUGUUCAAGAAACCCCCCGCAAGAAAAACAACGCGCAGAAGAAAGUGAACACCAUUCAAAAAACUUCGAUUCAAUAAAUUUGUACAUUAUUUCUUUAAUAAAUGUUUUUUCCUAAAUUGUGAUAUUAACACUAUAAGGCACCGCGCAUACAUGUCUCUUGUGGUAGAUACAAGCAACCGCCAACUAAAGCGAAUAUUCUAUUUUCAUAUCAUUGAUAUGAAAUUGACACAGUGGCCAGUUCGGCAAUCGGACACUCGCCGCCGUUGG